UUCUGUUCUUCCCCCCCUCCCUCCCUAUCAACCUCUCCUCCCUCAUAAACUAGCCGUCCUCAUGGCCGAAGACGGCGAAGAGCUCAAGCAGGAGGGUGAGGUCGAAAACCCCAAAUCAGAUGAUAAACCCGCAACCGCUACUUCGCUGGCGACAUCAUUUUCGUCCUUCUCCGUGAAUAUCUGGCCACCGUCUCAACGCACGCGCGACGCCGUCAUCAACCGCCUCAUCGAGAAUCUUUCCACUCCGUCCAUUCUUUCCAAGCGCUACGGAACCCUACCAUCCGAGGAGGCCUCCGCUGUCGCGCGUCGCAUCGAGCAGGAGGCCUUCGAUCUUGCCUCCACGUACGUAUCGCCACCUUCUGCUCCCAAAGCUGACGAGUUCAUCUCCGCUGAGGCGUCCGUGGACGAAGGGAUAGAGAUCCUCCAGAUCUAUUCCAAGGAAAUCAGCCGAAGGAUGAUCGAAUCCGUGAAGGCUAAGGUUUCCCCUGUUUCUCUGACUCCCGUUGAGGCCAAUGCUGCUCCCGCAGCAGAAGAUAGUGGAAAUGUAUCCGACUCUGUUCCGAAGCACACCGAACCGACUGGUGAGGACAUCGCUUCCGGCGAGUCUGAGCCGGCGGUUGUUUGAGAUUGAGCUGGAUCGACUUAUCAUGGUAUCGUUUUAUUCAUUUAUCGGAUCUGAUGGAUUUCUAUUUGUAUGGGCAUCUAUCUGUGUGGCUUGAUGUUUGAUGCAGUAUCUUAUAUAUUAGAUUAUGUUAUGUUUGCACCUCUCUCUCGAACCGCAUUAUUAAAAUGGCGAAGAUGGUGCUUUCCUAGAAGCCAAUCAGAAACGCUAUAUUUGUGUGUUAUGUUGUGUUUAUGGUUUCCUCUGUAAUAUAGAUUGCAUGAUGGUUUUACCAUUUGUGCAAUGUUGUUAUGUUCAUGUUCUUAGCGCUCAAAUGCCUGUCCUUUUGGAUCAUUUACCUAAUUCACCUGUAUUUUGAAA